AUGCUUCGACCACGUUUCCGUCAAGUCUACGCGCUACGAGAGUGGUUCGUUCAAGAAAGUGUUCGGUCCAAACACCUUGGAUCUAGCUUCUUAGCCUGGCUAUUCCCACCCGUCCCCCUCGUUCCAGCUGUCCCAGAGGACGUGUCUGAUGCCGGACGUUCAGCAGCAACAGACGCCAAGCUCUUCCCUUCCGACGAACAACUCAGCCAACGCGCUUUAUUUGUCGCAUUACUGAUCGCCUUCGGAUGGUCUGUACUGGCACUUGGCGGGGCAUUGCCACUCUAUCUCAUUGGUACACCGUGCAACGCGGAAGUGCCAUCGCCAGCAAAGCAUACUGGAGGAUACUCGACUCUUCUAGACUUGAGCCUGCUUCGUCUUCUGCGCCUCAUCGACAACCAAGAAGUUUCCAUCCUCAGUACCUCGAAGAUCGUACCCAGGGCGCUUGAGGACGACGAUUUCAAGACAAGGACACGGGUUAUAGUCUUGACGGUACUCGCAAUUGUGUUGGGAGUCCUUCCCAUGCUAUGGAAGAUCCUCAAGGAAUUCAACCGUGUCGCUGCCUAUCGAAAGCGGUGGUUGCAAGUCAAGUGCGAGAAUCUUGACCUUGGAUGGCUACCAGUGUCGAAGGCUCCUGGCUUCGCGCAAUGGGGAGAGAACCAGUUCAAGGACUAUCUAGUCAACGUCGGCCUGAGCACUCAUCUCAACGAUGCAGCGAAAUCGCGAACACGACGCGACGGGCGAUCUCGAAGAAGGGAGGAAGAGCAACCACUGACUGAUGAAGACACCGAAAUUGACAUCCACAGUCUGUUCUCGAUCACUGACACUGAAAGGCUGGCGGUUAUGAUUGAAGAACGAGAUGAAAUCCUCGAAAAUCUUGAAAUUGCAGAGACCAAGUACAUCAGCUCGUUCCGAGUGACUACUCCUGACCCAUCCAUUCUCGACUUUGUCCCACCGCCUCCCCCUGAUCCCAGCCGACCAUACAUCAGCCGGCCUCUUCCACUUGCGCCUCAACGUCGAAGUCGAUACAAACGAGCACCUAAUCGCGCAUAUGGAGCAUCCUCUUUCGUUGCACCAUCCUCCUUCUACAAGCUUCGCGGCUUGCAAGGAGUCAGUGGAGGCCGCUUUACCGAUUCUGGUAUGGAUCAGACCCUAGCUGAAUCCUUCCAAUCUCGAGUCAUUGGAAGCAGAUUCAUGGAAGUGAAUCGUAAUUCGCAAGCUUACGGUCGCCUACCUCUAGGUGUUCACGUCGGACUCGAAAGAGACGGUGAACUUGGUCCCGUCUCCGAAACAGGAAGCUGGUUACCGCCUAUCCCUGAUCCCAGGUACUACGGGCCCAACUACGCCCCCUUUGAAGAGCAGCUGGUCGAUGAACAUGGAAUGCGCCUUAUUCCGGAGGAGCAGAACGGAGUUAACGGGACUGAAGAGGGAUGGGUGGACUUGAUCAAGGAGACUCCUGACAAUGACUGGGGGAGUGACUUCAAUGGUACACCGCCUGGUACAAGUGCUCGACGACCCCGCCCUCCUAAGGAAUCAGUUCCUUCAUCUCGCCGCGAAACCUUCCCUCUCCGCUCACGUGAGCCAACAGCAGACGAUCCUCAGCCUGUGCCGCCUCCCCAUCUCCGACUUCAACCCACCCAACCCUUCGUCCGUCCUCUUGACGGCGUCAAUUUCGAUGACCUCGGAGAAGUGUAUGCCGCUAUCACCAGUUGGCGGUCUCAACUCAAGCAAAUUAACAAUGACAUUGCUGCCAUCCAAGCAGAGAAUUAUGAAAAUAUCGCCAACGGUCACACUGUCAAGGGAUGGCUUAUGGUUGGAAAAGGGAUUCGCCAUAUCCCCGGCGUAGAGUUGAUUGAAGGAAGAGCAAAGGAAGAUAUUCGGUGGGACGUUCUCCAAAACCAGCGGAGCUGGAUGGAUUCCGCCGUUUUGUGGGCUAUCAUAAUCGUGGUUAUGGCUUUAUUGGCCGCGGGAUUGACUGCGGCUGCCGGUCUAUCAUUGGCUAUGGCUCCAGACUUUGCGCAUUAUUUGCCGUUCCUGGGUAGUCUGUUCAGUACACAUCCGAUUGUGGCGGGUAUUGCGACUGUCUUUGCGCCUGCAGUUGUUGCAACUAUAUUCAUUAUCAUUGCCCUUCUCUUGAUCAACUGGUCGGCUAAGAUCCAUGGUUCAGUAUCUGUGUCAGGGAACCAUCUCCUGGUCUUCAAAAUCACGUUCUUUGCCAUGACAUUCGUUGGAACCGUCUGGCUCGUCGCGAUCGGCGCCCUCCUGUACUCCAUGGAGUCCCUUAGCACUGAGCAAGACCAGACCAAAUCCCUUGCGAACGGGAGCAUCUACAUGAGCGUUCUCGCCUUGGCCCUUGUUAUCAAUGUGGCCAUCAUCUUCCCCGCGUGCCUCCUCCUUCAACCCUUCCGAUUAUGGCGGGUUGUUCGCUCUGAGCGGGAGUCGAUCACGCCCAGGCAACGUUUCCGAGCUACCUUCCCAAGGACUUACAACCCUUCAUACGCGAUGGGUGCUUGCAUUCUUGCAAUUGUAUUCGCUUCGACCUUUGCUCUUAUUUUCCCCUUGAUUGCACCGGCUGUUGUCGUCUUCCUAUUGCUCACUCUCAUUGCUCAUCGAUAUCUCGUCGGCUAUGUAUAUGUCCAAACUCAUUCACAGACCGGGGGACUCCUCCAACUCUGGCUUCUGAAGCGCUUUGGGACCCUUCUGUCGUUCCAGCCUAUCCUUCUUGGUCUCAUUUUCCUCAGCAGAGAAAUCUGGAUCGAGGGAGGCGUUCUUGUUGGCACCGGCGUCUUUGUGAUUGUUUUCGUCGAGAGCUACUGUGCCUGGAAGACACGGCUCCCUGGAUUCAGAUCUCUUAGCCCUGCGACUCGGAAUUCGGUGGAGCUGUUUAUGGGUGGUGCCGACACCUACCUUAUUCCUCAUCCACCUAUGGAACAAAUCCGACAGGCUGCCAGCUCUUCGAACGACGAUAGCACAACCAUCGACGGUACAAGGCCAGACCAUAUACGGCCUAACAUCAACACUCGAAGGGAUGGAAUGAGGAACAGGGGCUCGUUCGCGUCCGUGUUGGACAUGAUGAGCAGAACCCUUGCGGUUGUUCCUUCUUCGUCGGGUUUCCGAGCGGCAGUGCCACUUGACACGGAAAAUCUAAACGAUCUAACUGCAACGGAGCGUGCAGCGCGAACGCAUCCUGAUGCUCCACCUCGUCUCCCACCCCUGCCGUUUACCGAGCAUGCAGACGAGGUUGGUGGGAUACUUUACGCUCCAGAGCUUGUUGCGCCUCCCCCUAUAAUCUGGCUACCGAAUGAUUCUGCUGGUGUUGCUCGGUCAGAAGCCGAGGAUUUACAAAAAUACCAUGACCUGCAGGUCACCCUCGAUGUAAGGGCACAUGAAGACGUACUUCUCCGAAGAUCGACCUCGCUGAGGCGGCGACCCACCUCCUAG